AAUGGCUGAAUUAAUCAUUGAUCGUAGCUGUUUCACCCUACAGUGGUGUACGUGAAACUUUUACUAGGGUUGAAACCUCCUCCCUCCUUCGGCUGCACCCAUCCCUACCCCACCCCACCCCAUGGCACGGCACUGAACAUGUUCAAAACCAACGGCAUUUUUGUGCAGUGUGUUUUUGGUGAGAGAAAGGGGGCUUCCAUUUUUUUUUACAGCAGAAACAAUAUGGCAAGUUUUAAAACUAAUUAUUUACUCGUGUGUUUCUCGUUUAUGGUAUCCACCUUAUCCGUCAAAGCAUGUGUUCGUACUGUGGAAGCAGCAGUGCCUGAGGAGUUAAAGGCUGGAUACAUAAUCUCAGAAGUUAAUUUGCAACACUGCUUAAACAAUACGCACUUGGAGCUUACUACCAGUGAUCCAGACUUUGCCAUUCAGCAAGAUGGUCUCCUCUACGCAACACAUUCAACCAGGAUACGUUCUGGAGAAAGGGCUUUUGUAAUAUGGCUACAAGACCAACAAUCGCAACAGAAGUGGAAAAUAGAUGUCGCGCUGUCAGUUGAACACAAUAUGGUAAAGAGAGAGGUAAACCUGAAACGCUCCAAAAGACGAUGGAGACCACUACCUUUUUCUAUUCGAGAGAAUGAGUUCCCACCAUUUCCAAAAGAAAUUCAACAGGUCCAAUCUGACAGUUCACAGAAUUACGAUAUCAUUUAUAGAAUCUAUGGUCAGGGAGUGAACCUGCCGCCCAUAGGUUUGUUCUCUGUGGUGCCAGAAACUGGAAUGCUGAAAGUACACAGGGCUGUGGACCGUGAACAAAUUGCUGAGUACAAAUUCUUUGCAGAGGCAAGAACAAAGGAUGGCAUUAAGAGAGAUCGGGAUCUUGAUAUAACUGUUAAAGUGGAAGAUGAAAAUGAUAAUCGCCCUGAGUUUACUGAUGUUGUUGUUCUCUCUGUACCUGAACACUCUGAAAUUGGUGCUAUUAUAGGACAAGUAAAUGCCACAGACCGAGAUGAGCCUGGUACACUUUUUACGCAAAUGGCUUACAAAAUUAUUUCCAGCACUGACCUGUUCAGUAUUCAGUCAGAAACAGGAAUUAUGUAUACAGCAUCUACUGCAUUGGAUAGAGAGACGAAAGACACCUAUGAACUUACAGUAGAAGCCACGGAUUGUAAAGGUCAACAUUAUGGACUAUCGAAUACAGGAACUGUUAGGAUUGUAUUAACAGACAUAAAUGACAAUCCACCUACAUUCAAAGCCAACAAAUAUGAAGCGAAAGUUGAAGAAAAUCAGAAAGAUGUUCUUAUUUUACGAAUUCCAGUGGAAGACAAGGAUUUAUUUAAUACAUCUAAUUGGAAAGCUAAGUUUGUUAUAAAAAAGGGUAAUGAAAAUGGAAAUUUUAGAAUUGAAACUGACCCUGUCACAAAUGAAGGACUCCUGUAUGUUGUUAAGCCAUUUGACUAUGAGAAAAAUAAAAUUGUAAAGUUGGAGGUGGCAGCUGAGAAUGAAGCAGAACUGGUUGGCACUAAAAGCACUUGGGCCACCGUUCCAGUAGAUGUUAAUGUGAUAAAUGUGGACGAGGGCCCAGAAUUCGAAACGCCAAAUUUGUUUCUUCGUAUUAAAGAAAACGAGCCAAAUGGAACACUUAUUGGGAUAUACAAAGCAUUGGACCCAGAAACUAAAAGCAGUGAUGGUAUAAAAUAUUAUAAAAUAUCAGACCCUGCAUCAUGGAUACAAGUUGAAAAAAACACUGGCAAACUCCUAGUAGCUGGCAACAUGGAUAGAGAGUCAUCAUUUGUGACAAACGGCAUGUAUAAUAUCACAGUCAAUGCUGUCGACCAGAGUUCAAAAACAGGUACUGGCACAGUAGAGAUAUAUUUAGAAGAUGAAAAUGAUAACAACCCUAUCAUCACAAAUAAAGACUUUGUGAUUUGUGAGCAUUACGGACAGUUAGGAUAUGUAAAGGUUGAAGCAGAGGAUAAAGAUGCAGAGCCUUUGUCAUCUCCUUUUGUAUUUAGCUUCCCAAAGGACCAUGAUAAAAACUGGAAGAUAACAAAUGAAAAAGCCACCUCCAUGCACCUUGAACAAGCAACAGAACUACCUACUGGUACUUACAAUGUCCCUGUGAUUAUUGGUGAUCAACAAGGGAAAGGUGAACAACAGAUCGUAACAGUCAGAAUCUGCAAAUGCAUCAGUGGGCAGUGUGUUGCAAGCCAGACCUCAGCUGCACUUGGAGUAUGGGGGAUCUUGGCAUUGUUGUUGGCUAUAGCUUUAUUAUUGCUGCUCUGUAUUUUGCUAACCUGUUUCUGUGGGAAGAAAAAAGAAAAAGUAGACCUUGAUAAUGGAGCUGAGGCAGUGCUGAUCAAAUCUAAUACAGAGGGACCAGGUGAAGAAGUAAUGGCUCCAAAUUUCAAGAUGUCUGCACAACAAACCGCCCUUGAACAGGAGUCACAAUUUCUACAACAGUCUGGAGGCGGUUUGCAAGAUAUUAGGCUCUCUGACUUCCAGAAUGUUAAUAAUGUCUAUGGUAGUCAAACUCUGGGGAGUGGUAUGCAGAAUGAUCCUAGCUCAUUCCUCUCUGCCACCAACAGCACCUUCCAAACUAACUAUGGACAACAGUUUGGAAGUGGAAUUCAGCAUUAUGCAGACAAAAAUGGUACCAGCAUUUGGAGAACAAAUGGCUUGGUGAUUGAUCAGAAAUUGAAUGGCUUUGUAACCGAACACAAUGACAGGUUUGCCGAAGACAUUAGUCACGUCUAUGGCUUUGAAGGCAGAGGCUCAUUUGCUGGAUCUGUGGGGUGCUGCAGUGACCUAAAUGAUGACAGUGGAAUAGAAUUUAUAAAUACAUUGGGACCAAAAUUCAGAACAUUGGCACAAGUUUGCACAAAGAAAUGAAGACAUGAUGAUGACUAUAGUGGGCUUUGAGAGAACAUCUUGCAAUCAGACCGAAAUAAUUCAGUGUUUGUAAAGUAUGGGCUGUUUUACACAGAUUGGAGUGAUUUGUUGGGUUCUGGUAUUUGAACAUUUAAUCUAACACUGAUUUUGUACAGCUACUGUCAUCUCCCAUAAUAACCAACCCAUUGAAAACAUUUGCUACUCUUGUAAGAGGCUUCUGUUCUUGUCUCGACAGACAAGCCUGAUAAUACUUAGAAGCUUCAUUGUUGUUGUCUCUUAACUGUCUAGCAUAGACAUGGGUUGCAUGAGGUGUGGGUUUUUUUGGUGUGCGUUUUUGCGAUCAACUUUGUUUUUUGUAAAUGUGUAUUGGUAGUGGGAUUCUUUUAAAAAUAUUACACCUCAUUUAAUGUACUGUAUGCAUCAGAAAGCUACAUGAGAAUUAGCACUUUCCUUUAAUGUCAUGUUUCCCUGCCUUUUUUGUAUUUUUUUUAUGUUUUUUUUUUUUUUUUUAAACGCUCUCAUAUCAAGCUCAUUGCUGUUGCCUCAGGCUCAGUUUUACUUGAUCUGAUACAAUAUCUCACAAUAUUACAAUUUACCAACAAGUUCAAACUAUCCCAAGUAAGAAAUGCUGUUCCUGAUAUGAAAAUGAAUUCCAGUUCUGUUGGUGUUUGGAUAAGUACAGUAUGAAAAUGAAAAAUGAUUUAACACUUUUAAUGCUGUAUGUACACUUUGAGACUGUAUAAAUUUGUGUACCUUUUUUGCUGACAAAUCAAUGUUCCUUUUUUUAAAUAUUUGUUUUUUUAAAUGAUAAAUUAGAAUGAAUUGCUGUAGAAGAUUUAAUGAUUCUUUUUUGUAGAGCUAAUGUUUCAAAGAUAAAUAGUAUACUACUUAGAGGUACAAUCUUAAAAGGUAUUUUGUAUGGAUUAAAUACAUUGUUUGCAAAUAUUUCUAGUUUUAUUACCCAGCUAAAUGCUUAAAGAAGCAUUUAUGCACAUCUUUUUAUGCUUUGCAGCUUAAGGUUCUUGCAUUGUAUGGCUGUGCUCAUUCAGUGGCAGCUUUAUGACAAGGUCGCUGCUGUGAAUGAAAACUUGUGUCGAUGGUAACCAAGUAAUUGGUUGAUUGAUUGUAUUACAAAGGAAAGUGCUUAACAACAGUUUUCUUUGUGGAAAACACUGCUGUGUUGUAUUAAUGCUCUUUAAUAAGCUGUAUGUUUUAAUUCUUGCAUCUCUUUUUUUACAUUUUUUGAUUUAUAAAUAAAUAAAUACAGCACCAUAUCAUUCAAAA